AACAGUAAAGCCAGUGUUUCAUUUGAAUAAUUCAAUUCAGAGCAUCAUUUUGUUUUGUUUUUUUUUUACCAAACGCACGCAGUAUUAGCAAUCAAGAAAAAAAAAGAAUACAGUUGUUUGAUCGUCAAUACCUGAUGAAGAUCAGAGUCAUCGCGAGUGUCGCUUUAAUUCUCCAGCGUUUAUAAGAAUUACGAGCCGUUCAAAUAAGUUCCGCGUGCCUAUCAGUUCAUUUCCCCAGUGCUGGGCAGCUGUAAAAUCGUGUAGACAGGUUGUCACACUACAGUGAAUGGAUUCUAAUGCUAAACAUUUAACAUACAAUCCUCCAAACAGUGCAAAAGUGGCCCUGGCCAAUGCUCUAACCACAUGCGCCAACGAGGAGGAGCCUGGGACGCCAAUCAAAGCAUCAACUUCAAAUUGUAUCUGAGAGAUCAGCCCAGGACCUAGGGGCAGAGACAUCAGUUGGAGCUCAAUUGUUGAUCUGAUCACAUCCGACGGACUUGCUGCAAAAGAGAAGCUGAGAUUUAAAGACGAGCGUUUCCCAUUCUCGCUCCGCGCGGCUCGAGAGAGACCAACUCUUCCGCUUCUCGCUUUGGUGGGCUACUCGCGCUUUUUCGCCUGGUUUUGGCUCGCGACGCGGCGAAGGAGAUGUCUUUCCCGCAGCUGGGUUACCCGCAGUAUUUAAGCGCCUCGCAGGCGGUGUACGGAGGCGAGCGGCCGGGGGUGCUGACUGCGUCGUCCCGCGGAGGGAGCGCGGAGAUCGGGGGGAGCGCGUCGGCGGCGGCCGCUGCCGUGUCCUCGGUGCUGGGCAUGUACCCCUACGCGCACAACUACAGCGCCUUUCUGCCUUACACCAGCGCCGAUCUGGCUCUCUUCUCGCAGAUGGGCUCUCAGUAUGAUCUCAAAGACAGCCCCGGCGUCCACCCCGCCAGCUUCGCCGCCCACACGAGCCCUGCCUUCUACCCCUACGGUCAGUUCCAGUACGGAGACCCGGCCAGGCCCAAGAACGCCACGCGGGAGAGCACCAGCACCCUGAAGGCCUGGCUCAACGAGCACCGGAAGAACCCCUACCCCACCAAGGGCGAGAAGAUCAUGCUGGCCAUCAUCACCAAGAUGACCCUCACGCAGGUGUCCACCUGGUUCGCCAACGCCAGGAGAAGACUGAAGAAGGAGAACAAGGUGACGUGGGGCAGAAGCAAAGAGGACGAAGACGGGAACAUUUUUGGCAGCGACAACGAGGGGGACGCCGAGAAGAACGAAGACGAGGAGGAAAUAGAUCUGGAGAGCAUCGACAUCGACAAGAUCGACGACAACGACGGGGACCAGAGCAACGAGGAGGACGACGAGAAGCGCGGGGAGCUCGAGGCCUUCGAGAAAGCCAAGCCCAACGCCAUUUCCGGCAGCAAAGAGCCGUCGGACGGAAACAACAACGACAACAACACCAGGGUGCUGUCGCCGGGGCGCCAGGGAGGUUUUCAGGUUCCGGUCAGCAAUAAGCCCAAAAUAUGGUCGCUGGCAGAAACCGCGACCAGCCCCGACAGCUCGCAGAAACCCACGUCACCCUCGGUUCCCGCCACUCACCCGGCCUUCCUGCCCAGCCACGGACUGUACACGUGCCAGAUCGGGAAGUUCCACAACUGGACCAACGGGGCGUUCCUGGGGCAAAACUCGCUGCUGAACGUCCGGUCGUUCCUGGGCGUCAAUCAGCAUCACCACAGCCACCCGACCCACUCCCAGCAGCAGCAGCAGCAGCAGCAGCAGGCCUCGGCGGUGCUGGUCUCGUCGAUGGCGGCCGUGAACACCGACAAGGCGCCCGAGGACCUCAGUCCCAAACACAUAGAUCGGGAAAACGUCCUCAGAAACGAAUCACCGACGCAAACUUUAAAGUCCUCCUUCCGUCCUCUUCACGACAGCCCCAGAAACCAGCAGGAAUCGACACAGAGGGUCCUCACAGCUCUCUCCUCCGCUUGAUCAAGACAUUUACCCCGCUAAAGGACUUAUGGCACUCAUAAAGGGACAGUGAGAUGUGACUCGAUUCAGCGUAGCGUUCAGUUUCUCUAAAACAAACGGCCGCUGGAGCUGUACAUAAUGACACCUGUGAUCCCUCCCUUACCCUGGGACAUUGGUAGGCUGAUUUUGUCUUCAUGUGUCGGUGUUUUCCUUUAAGGUGACCCACAUUUGUAAAUAGCGAGUUGACGGAGUUUGUUCAGAUCAUAUAUUUUGUCUAAUAAACUAAAUGAAAUUAUA